AUGGGGAAAGCUAGGAAGGUAAAGUUCCAUCGACACAAAACAAACCCAACCGGGUUGGUGGAUGUAAACGAGCUAAUCGAUCAAGGGCUUGCUGGAAGUGCGAAAUCCGGUACGCCCAUCGAAGCGAUCGUCGAGCAGCUGGAAGCGGUCGUUACCGAGGAAAAAAUAUGCGGGUUGCAAUCCCUGGCUACGAUCUGCCAGGGUGAGAUUAAUAUGAGUGAAUUGGUGGACAGCAACGUCAUCCGGAUAGCUUCCUCUUUGCUGGUGGAUCCAGACCCGAGUGUACGUCACGCCACAGCCGGUGCCCUGCGCAAUCUGUCGGUGAUAAGCGUGGAGUUAAGCGAAUUUAUGGUAGAUCAGGACGUUCUAACGCCACUGUUGGCACUAUUGAACCGCUACCCCAGCAACGGGUCAUGGACUCCCACAUUCGAUAAGAACUUGCAAGAUCAAAUGGACGAGCAUUCGGACACGUUUCUACAGGGUGUCAAUCUGCUUUGGAACCUAUGCGAAAGUACUUCCGAUGCGCUCAAUGCGUUCAAUCAAUCCCAGUUGUUGGUACCGUUUGUAUCUUUUCUGAAUCAUAGUGUCUAUGGAUUGGAGAUAGCGAUUGCUGUGGCACAAUGUCUAUUAGUCGUUUCAGAAGAUAAUACGUCUUCCUGGGGGGUCCUAGCCAACCAAGGAUCAGAGCUGACGAGUCUUCUUAACAUUGAUGUUGUGGAUAAUGCGUCGAUGAUGCUACGCGCACUAGCCGCGGGAAUAAUUGGAAACGUUCCGGUACUGUUGAGCAGUUACACGAAUCAAAUUCUUAGCUGCGUUUCCAAAACGUUGGAGGCAAACCAUCGUACAGCGUUGGGUAACUUAACCAGCAUGUUACCCUUGGAGCCACAAAAGGAUGUCGUUGAUUUGGAGGUUACCGACGACGUUGCCUUCGAUGAUGAAACUGAAGCACAAUCCUAUCAACGCCGGCGUAAAGCCGAUUUGCCUUCCGACGGUGAGCUGGAGGUACGGAACGUCGGUAGGCUGCUACAAGCGCAACGAAUAGCGUCGGAGAUUUUAACUAAUAUCUGUUCGUCUGAAGACGACUGGCAGAGUGAAGGCAAUAACGACGCGAAUGGCGAUUCGGAUGCUGAGAGCGUCUACGAUUACGAUACGGCGAACGAGCUGAAUGGAAGCGUGGAAAAUACUGAAAAGAUUUCGGUAGAAAUUCUAGAAGCUAUAAAAUCGCUCGCGUUGGUUGAAAAGUUGUGGCAAAAGGCUCAACCUUUGGCAGAGAACGUGUAUCAGAUAUUGGUAGAGUCAGAAAAAGGUACUCUUAAGAAGCUAGAUGCCCUGCGAACCUCUGCAAUGUUGUGCUUACAUAAUUUGUGCAACAAUAUCACGACGGAGGAUUUAGGGGGACCGUCUGCACUGUACAAUGUGUGGAUCGAUUUGGGACAGCAGGUAUUUCAGGGCCAGCGAAACUUGAAGCUGCUGGAAGCAUCGACGUCACUGAUGCGUGCCGCGCUCGAACACUUGCGCAAAAGUCCAGAGCUGUUCCGGCAAAUGACUGAUAACGAUUUGCAGCUUAUGUUAAGCGGCGUGGUUGGGUGCGAAGAUGCAGAAAUUCGUGCCAACUGGUUACGUAUGCUGGGCAUUUUAGGAUGCCUGCUGCCAGAGCCACUGGUAAAACUGAUCAUCGAUUUCGUUCUUAACACUUGCGCUAACGAGGCAGAUGUGUGGGUCUUGGCGGAAGCGCUCGAUGCCAUGAUGGACAUUUUUGCGGACAACGACUGGCAUGCUAUUAUGUACGAGCUAGGAAUGGUUGCGAAAUGCAAACAGCUGGAUCGCGUUAUUCGUGAGAAAAUGAAGCGCGAUAAACGUCAGCUUGGUGAUCGUUUUCCAGCGGUUAGCACGGUGCGGACUAAUUUGGGACGGUUUUGUAAGUAUUUGGAAAUGGAAUUGAAAGACUACAAACCACAAAUGGAAUCGUAGAGUGGCGCGAAACGAGUAGCAUUUUAGCAAAUAUGUAUCCUAAACUACGAUGCAAUGUAUCAAAAGUUAGUUUCUUGUGUAUGAGUAUAUUAUUUUUCUUCAUUUGAUUCGAUAUUUCCCACGGAGAUUAAACAUUUUGCGUAUAUUAUUAACUAAAUAAGGGAACAUGUGAAAUUUCCUUCAAAAUUCCGCAUAAAGUUUCUUCCGUUUACUGUGCUUCUAGAAUCGUAUUGAUUCAGUGUCGUAUCAGCUGAUGUGCAGGUCAAUACACAUAUGAUGUUUGGAUCGUUGUUUUCAAUUCAAAAUAGCAUGUUAAAGAUAAGUUCAUUUCGUGGAAAAACUGUAUUAAAAAAUCCCUUACAU